AUGACUAGUCUAACUGCUAAGGAUAAAGCCAAUGUCUUGGCCUUCUGGAGUAAAGUGUCUUCAAAGGCUGACGACAUCGGUAUGGAUGCUAUUACCAGGUUGUUGACCGUCUACCCCCAGACCAAGACUUACUUUGCCCACUGGAAGGACUUGAGCACCGGCUCUGCUCUCGUGAGGAAGCACGGAAGAACUAUCAUGGCUGGAGUUGGUGAUGCUAUAACCAAGAUCGAUGACCUGAAAGGAGGUCUUCUGAACCUCAGUGAGCUGCAUGCCUUCACUCUGCGAGUGGACCCUGCCAACUUCAAGAUUGCCUCCCACUGCAUCCUUGUGGUCAUGGCCAUCAUGUUCCCCGUUGACUUCACCCCUGAGGUCCAUGUGGCUAUGGACAAGUUCCUGGCUGCCUUGGCUCUGGCUCUGGCUGAGAAAUACAGAUAAACAGAUGGAGAAGAAGAUGGAGACUUCAGCAUGAGUUUACUCU